AUGGUCUCUUCUUCGGUGUUGGUUACAGCCGUAGCCCUAGCUUUGGCUGCCGGUCCGGAACCGGUUGUCGGAACGAUAACCUCCAGCCUACAGUAUGUGUUGAAGAACACUCACGGUAGCAAAGAAUACGAGUACCCAACUGAUAUUACUCGAGAUAUUCUGCCGGGAUGUACAUCUACAGAAGCAGAUGUUUGGCUAUAUAAUGGAACUCUACAUGUUGGGCACGAUCAAUCGUCCUUGACACAUGACCGAACACUUGAAAGCCUCUAUAUCAAUCCCAUCCUAGAAGUCCUGGAUCGCCAAAACCCUGCAAGUCCCUUCUUGACUGAGCCAACUAAGAAUGGUGUUUGGGAUACUGUUACAGGUCAGACACUAUUCUUCUUCAUUGACGUGAAGACUUCUGGUCCCGAGACAUUCAAGGCUGUGAUUCAGGCUCUUGAGCCCCUCCGAAAAAAGGGCUAUCUCUCCACUCUCAAAGACGGAAUUGUGGAAUACGGCCCAGUCACCAUCAUUGGCACGGGUGAGACUCCACUUGAUAUGGUAGCUCCUGUCUCCGACCGGGACUACUUUUUCGACGGUCCUCUUGCGAAUCUCAAUGAUCCAGAAUUUGUACAUAUUGAUGGAACCAUCUCACCUAUUGCAUCUACAAACUUUGCAGCUGCAGUGGGCAAGAUCACCGCGGAUACAGACCCAAUUCUCACCGACGAGCAGCUAAAGUCUCUCCGAGAGCAAAUAUCCACAGCCAAUUCUCGCGGAAUUGGAGCAAGAUAUUGGGAUACUCCUCAUUGGCCUAUCAGAACCAGGAAUCUUGUUUGGAGGACACUGAUGCGUGAGGGAGUCACUCUUCUCAAUGCUGAUGACCUUGAUGCAGUGGCCGCAUACUUUUAA